GACCCGGCAGCCUUGGAGUCAGGGGGUCAAGUUUUGGAGAUGGCUCUCCCGACGCUUCCCUCCUUCUGGGGCAGCCGGACGCUGGUGGAGCAGCAGCUGGCCCGGCAGCGGGAGCACGCGGCGCGACGGCAGCACCAGUGGGACCAGAACAGCCACUACUUCCGCCUCUCCGACCUCCGCAGCUCAAAGCAGGCCGAGUGGAGCUCCCACGAGUCCUACCAGCGCAGCAUGCACGCCUACCAGCGUGAGAAGCUCCGGGAGGAACAGAGAGCCCGCUUGGAGGACCGGCGGCAGCGGCUGCAGCGGCUUCUACUGGAGGAGCACUGUCUGUUGAGCCAAGAGCUGCAGGAGCUGCGGCCCAGCACUGGCCUUGGCGCGAGCGGGAUCCGGGAGCGCCACAGCCAGCUCAGAGCGGCUCGAGAAGAGCAGCAGAAACAGGUCGCAGAACGGCUUCUGUAUGAGCACUGGAAAAGGAAUCACCCCGCACUUAGAGAGAUUGAGCUGGACCUUCACAAGCAGCACGUGGUGGACUCCUGGGGAGCCCAGAGAGAGGAGAAAAGACAGCAAGAAGCCGAGGAGGAAAAAGAGAAGAGACGGCAGGAAAACGCCUACGAAGCGGCCCGCAGGGAAGCGGUCCAGCGGCUGGAGGCUGCGGCCGAGGACCGGAGGCAGGAAGAGGAGCGCCAGGCUGAGGCCCUGCGGCUGCAGAUGGAGGAGCUGAAGCUCAAGGAGCUGGAGGCUUCCAAGCUGAAGGAGGAGCAGGACAAUCUGCUGAGGCAGCGCUGGGAGCUGGAGCGGCUGGAGGAGGAGAGGACGCAGAUGGCGGCCCGGAGACGCAAGGCUGAGCUGGGGCACUGCCUGAGGCAACAGUACAACGUACAGCUGAAUCGGCAAACCCAGCGGGUCCAGGAGGAGCUGGAGGCGGACAGGCGCAUCCUGCAGGCACUGCUGGAGAAGGAGGGCGAGCAGCGGCAGGCGAGCGCAGCCCGGCGGGGACAGGCUGCGGCCGACGCAGCCUGGAUGAAGCAGGUGAUCGAGGAGCAGCUACGGCUGGAGCGGGAGCGUGAGGAGGAGCUGCAGAUGCUGCUGAGGCGAGAGGCCAAGGAAAUGUGGGAGAAGAGAGAGGCGCAGUGGGCUCGAGAGCAGAGCGCCCGGGACCGCCUGAUGCGCGAGGUUCUGGCUGGCAGACAGCAGCAGAUCCAGGAGAAGAUGGAGCAGAACCGCCAGGCCCAGGAGGAGGCCCUGAGAGUCAGGGAGGAACUCAUCCGGGACCUGGAGGAGGCCCGGGAGGCGGUGCGGCGGGAGCGAGAGGAGAACUCGGGGCUCAAGGCAGCCCGGAAGCAGGAGCUGGAGGCCCAGGUUGCUGAGCAACAGCGUCAGGCAAGGGAGGCCGACCAGGAGGAGGCAGCUGUGGCAGCAGAGGCCAGGCAGGAGGAGCAGCUGUCGGACGCGCUGCUGCGGCAGGAGGCCAGGAGCAUGGCCACGCAGGGCUACCGGCCCCGGCCUUACGGACACCCCAAAAUUGCUUGGAACUGACUCUGUGGGAAUCAGAGCAAGUGACUCGGAGCCGCUGGUCCUGGCUGCCACUACCUCAUGGCGCCCC